UCUUCCUCGGCCGAGCCUUUCUGAGCCGAACCAGAUACUCCCGCGCAGUUGCUGAAGUAAAAGCAAGAGCGGCAAGAGGCGCGGGAGGAAGGGUUGUGGAAAUAUCUCACGGCGCAUGCGCGUCGAGGCCUAAGGCAGACAGAAGGGUGAGGAGGAUUGGCAGUCUCGGUUUCGUGCCUCUCUUCCCCCCCUCCCCUCCCGGUUUAGCGGAGCCGGAAAGCGAGUGAAAGUAGAGGGAGACCCUCCGCUGGGCUGGGCGCUUUGAGGUGUCGCUCUUGGGCGAGUCGGAGCUGCCCGCGGGAGGUCCUUGAAGGAGGAGCUGUUCCUUUCGCUGCCGCCCGCCUCCUCCUCCCUCUCCCUCAAGCGCCUUCUCUUUCUGUCCCCGCCCGGGACUGAGUCCAUUGGCUACAAAAUGGCGGACGGGGAGCUGAAUGUGGAUAGUCUGAUCACCAGGCUGCUGGAAGUGCGAGGAUGUCGUCCUGGGAAGAUUGUGCAGAUGACAGAAGCUGAAGUUCGGGGCUUGUGUAUAAAAUCACGAGAAAUCUUUCUUAGCCAGCCUAUUCUCCUGGAGCUAGAGGCACCAUUGAAGAUCUGUGGUGACAUUCAUGGCCAAUACACAGAUUUGCUUCGGUUGUUUGAGUAUGGGGGAUUUCCACCUGAGGCCAACUAUCUUUUUCUGGGGGACUAUGUGGACAGAGGCAAACAGUCCUUGGAAACCAUCUGCUUAUUACUUGCUUAUAAAAUCAAAUAUCCAGAGAAUUUUUUCCUCCUGAGAGGAAACCAUGAGUGUGCUAGUAUUAAUCGCAUCUAUGGAUUCUAUGAUGAAUGUAAACGGAGAUUUAACAUUAAGCUCUGGAAGACAUUUACAGACUGUUUCAAUUGCCUGCCUAUUGCAGCCAUUGUAGAUGAGAAGAUUUUCUGCUGUCAUGGAGGACUGUCGCCAGAUCUGCAAUCAAUGGAACAAAUUCGAAGAAUUAUGAGACCCACAGAUGUUCCUGAUACAGGGUUGCUCUGUGAUUUGCUGUGGUCUGAUCCAGACAAGGAUGUGCAGGGCUGGGGUGAAAAUGAUCGUGGAGUCUCCUUCACUUUUGGAGCUGAUGUGGUCAGCAAGUUCUUGAAUCGUCAUGAUUUGGAUUUGAUUUGUCGAGCUCAUCAGGUAGUUGAAGAUGGCUAUGAAUUCUUUGCUAAACGACAGCUGGUUACCUUAUUUUCUGCUCCUAAUUACUGUGGAGAGUUUGAUAAUGCUGGUGGGAUGAUGAGCGUGGAUGAAACUUUGAUGUGCUCUUUUCAGAUUCUGAAACCAUCUGAAAAGAAAGCAAAGUACCAGUAUGGUGGACUGAACUCUGGACGUCCAGUCACUCCACCUCGCACAGCUAAUCCACCAAAGAAGAGGUGAAGAAAGGAAUACCAUAGAAGAACCAUCAGAACUAUUUAGGACAAAACUCCAUAUAUACAGUAUAUAAUAAGUGUGCACUGUAAAACCAUCCAGCCAUUUGACACCCUUUAUGAUGUCACAUCUUUAACUUAAAGAGACGGGUAAAGGAUCUUUAAUAUUUUCUAGUUGACAGAUGUGCAACACUGUAUUGUAACAAGUAUACUCCAAGCUCUAAUAACCAACAUAGAGUAAAAUCAGAUCUAAACAAAUUCCUUUGGGUGCAUAUUCACAUCAGUUUUAAAAUUGACCAACAUCCCAAUUUAAGCUUGAUGUAAUACUUAAAUCAGAUGAGAGCAUGAUGUUUCAUUUGUGUAAUGUGGUCUUACUGUUGCUUGAUUGCUUUUAUUUCUAUUAUUUUGUAGCUAGAAUGAUGGCAAAGUAUCUAGUCAUGUUACCUGGCUGAAAAUGAGUUGUGGAAGGGAAUUUUGAGGCAGUUGCUGCUGUUUCCCCUCUUCCCAGUAAUCUUGCUGACUAAAUGUGUGCCCCUCUAAUAGGAGUUUAGUGACUAAAGACAAACUGAGCUCAAGUUAGUGACUUCAGUAAUGCUCCUUAUCCACAUAGCCCAGCAGUCAGUAUUUCUCAUGACAAGACAUCUUGCUGUUUAUCUUAGAUUGCCAUAGAAUAACUUUGUGCACUGCACCAUUUUAAACUAACAUUACACUCACAAUGGCACUUCAUUUAACUAAAAUAGGGCAAGAAUGGUAUUACUUAUUAGUUGGUAACUUGAUUAUGUGUUACCUUGCAUUACAUUUUAUUAGCAUGAAACACCUUUUGGCAUGCUUAUAAUCCUGGUAAUGCCAUACUUUCAUUAACGUGCAUUCUGCAUAGCUCACCAAACAUGAAGAUCUUUCUCUGAGAAGCCUGGAAAAGCUAGCCCUUCCCCCUCUCCCCCACUGUGCACUCUGCCCCACCCUCCAGGAGGGUAUAUUUAAAUGGAUGUUGAUCAGUGAGCAGUAGGUUAACUAUGGCUAGUGGUGGUUGAACUGUCUAAUAUUGCCAUGUGAAUGUUCUACAUGAUUGUAAGGCUUAUGUCACUAAAGAUUUAUAUCUUCUGGAUUUUCAUGAUCAAGGUUCAUAUACUAUUGUAGAAACUUCUGCUUUGUAGUGUACGAUAGUAGCAAUAAUUUCUGUACAUGAUCAAGAGUUAAUGCAGUAUUUCUUUUCCUGCUUUCCUUAAAGCGUUCAUAUUGAUAAAUGGCAAAGUGUAAAAAAAGUGCAAAGAUUGUAAGAGGAUAAACAUUGAAAGAAAGAGAUGUGAUUGGAGAAGAUUUCAAUUUUUUUUAUUGAACAUGGUCAAAUUUAUAAGAUUAUUUAGAAGGGAAGCUUCCAAUUUAAACCAUUCUCAAUGUGCAUCAAUGUAGAACUCUUUAAUAUUGUCUUUGCAAAUGUUAAAUUGAGGUUUCUAGUGAGUUACAUUUAAUGAACUGGCACUUACUAUACAAGGGUUUUUUGGCAAAGUAAAAAGUUCUUAAAUGUGUUUAAGUCUUUUCUAAUUCCAUUUUGUUUUAAAUCACAUACUCAAUGUAGAGUUUUCAUUUAGUAAAGUUGUUUAAUUGAUUUGAAGUCUGACUGGUUAUUACAAUCGUUGUGAAAUAAUUUGCCCUUGAUAGCAUACAUUAGGUGCCAUGUGAACAAAAGCUUAAUAUUGGUCCUAAUAUAGAUGUACAUUAAUAGAUUAUUAAAAAUACAGCAGCCCUGUUAUCCUGUUCUGAAAUAAUAGAAUUUGAUUAUGUAAUGUUCAUUGCCAAGCACCUCACAAAACGCCACCUGCAGAUUAAUGGAACUGGCAAUUGUUACUCCCUAGUGCAGUGGUGUCUAAAUUGUUAUCAUCUGACUACAAAAAUAAAACUUGUUGAGUCAUUAUUAUGUGAAAAGUAUCCUCAGAGAAGGCAAAUGGCCAAACUGGGAAUGUCACAGGAUGGUAGCAAAACUUUGCCACAUCUAGCAUUUUUCGUAAAGUGAGUAACGUCAUUUUUACACUGUAGAAGCCUCUUCAUUUCAGAUAAUAUAUGAGAGCCCAAAAUCUGUUUAAAGACAGUAAAAUUGGGUUUUACAAAAACUUUUGGGAAAUUACUAUUACAACAUUGCCCAUGUAUACAAGCACGCAUGUGAAGCCAUCUUGAAAGACAGUAACAUUUUUACUGAUGCUGUACGUAGUAUUCUUUUCCCUUUACCACCUUACUUGUCAUUUUUUAAUCUCUGAUAACAUACUGCAAAUUUUAAAAUAUCACUGAAAGCAAUGGCAAAUGUAAUGGCUAACACCAUCAGUUAUUAUCUUUACCCUAUAAACAACAUUUCUGGAAGUAUUUUCUUUGAAGCUAUUUAAGACUGCUCAUGAUCAGUUUUUAGACUCUGCUCAUGAAUACAAAUGCCAGUCCCUGUAGGCAUGAGCCCUUGCUAACAAAUGCCUCCAGGGAUCAAGUGAGAUGUGUCAUUUUCUUGGCUUUGCAAUUUGCGUUAAAUAAAGGGUAUCCUUUCUGUAUAACCAGAAUGGAAAUAGUGGUAUAUUUAAGCAUGGUUCUAAAUAUUACUUUACUGUCCUUCCUUUCCCCCUUUUUUCUUUUUUGAAUAAAAGGAAACAAACCUCUCUUCUUAUCCCUCCAAAAGCUUGUGUGCCUUUUUUUGUAGCAUUCUACCACACUUUACUUGUAAGUGACCAUUAGUCGUGGUAGAAAGCUUUAGUAUCUACAUUGUUCCAUCCAAUUGUCACGUAGGCAACUUGCUCAAAGACAAUCUUGUGCAAAUGAGGCUAGGCUUCAGGAUUCCUAAAUGCAAUUAGUUCACAGGAUAGAUUUUGAACAAAUUGUAUAAGUGGCCUAUUUUUUCAUGUGUGAAUGCACAGAAAUUGUUUGAAAACCAUCUUGUGGAUACAAAACAUCACAUCUGAGUUGGCUAUGUCCUGUUUGCUUGGAAGGAAAUUGAGUUUUAGGAAUAAACAUUACUAAACCUCUUGA